AUGGUGUUGAUCUCCACCAGCGUCUACGGCCCCAACGACAGAGCUGGAGUUUGUGAAAACUCAUCCAUCAUCGAGCUGUCGGUCUGGAGCGCCCUCCUUCGGAGUCAACCUUGCUUCUUGGUGACUGUGCAAAGCGGCUGCAUUGAGCCGUGCGUCCUGACGCAUCUGCAGCUGCAGAAGUCUCCUGACCCAGCGAUGAUCCCCGUCUCCAUGAAUAAUGCAUGA